AUGCUGCACAGCCAGGACGGCUUUGUUCGCCUGCCCAAUGAACAACUGAUCAUCACAUCGCCGCCUCGGACCAGUCUCUCGCUGCAGCCCCUGGGCUCAAAUGCCAGCAAAGAGAAGUUCUCCGUCCAGAGCGGCACCGGUCAAAUAUAUCUCACCAACCAGAGGAUUGUCUACGUCCCCUCCCAGCCGACGAAGGACCUUCAAUCAUUCUCUGCGCCCCUUCUCCAUGUGCAUGACACCCAUGUCACCGCGCCAUUCUUUGGGCCUAAUGCAUGGCUGGCCCUGGUCCAGCCGGUACCGGGAGGGGGCAUUCCCGCGUCGUUGCCCGCCGUACAGCUGAAGGUGACCUUCAAGGAGGGCGGAGCGUUUGAUUUCCACAACCAAUUCGAGCGCAUCAAGGAGCGGAUGCAACAGGCCGUCGAGAACACCCAAGCUAGCAGUCGCGGGGCCCGAAACCUCGACCUGUCCUCCGUCCAUCUCGACGAGCUGCCUGCGUAUUCCGGUCCGCAGGGGGGCGCGUCUGGCACCGCUCCGGCGAGCGAGAACCGCCCUCGAAGCCCACCAGCCCACCGCCCUGGUCCUGGCCCGGAGACGGGGUCAGAACCCAUGGAGCCACCGCCGGACUACGAGGAAGUGCAGCAGCAGAGUGUCGCGGAGGCACUCGAGGAGAGACUGCGUCGGGACAGCUGA